GGCAGCAGUGGAGCCGGAAGGGGAGCUGCGAUUCCGUCCCCGCCUUCACGCUACAGGACAGCCCGGGGUCUAGCGCUGUCACAGCAGGCCUACUUCCGUCAGCUCUAUCGCAAACAUUAUUAUUAAAAAACACAAUUACGGCCAUCCAAGCCUCCCAAGCAGCGCGUUUGUGUGUUUUUCCACUACGGCUCCUGUGCAGGGUGGACUGACCUGUCAUGAAUGAGCCCAUUGAAGGCGGUGCGAUCUCGUUCGACGAGUAUGUGCGGCAGAAGGCGCGCACUAUACCUCAGCACCGCAUGAAAGAGUUCCUGGAGUCGCUGGCCUCCAAAGGCCCGGAGGUGCUGCAGGAGUUCAGCCAGCAGACCAGCGGCACCACCACCACUAUGGUGUACCAGCAGGGUGCCAACUGCAUCUACACGGACAGCACGGAGGUGGCGGGCUCAUUGCUGGAGCUGGCAUGUCCGGUGCAGGUGACGUCGACACAGAUCUCCCCCCAGCUGGCUGCAGCUGUGCAUCAGGCAUCUGAACAGCAGAUCCAAGUACAGGUGCAGAUUCAGGGUGAGCAGGGUCAGACAGUGGGUCAGGUACUUCAGGUGGCGUCUCCCACCCAACAGCAGCUACAAGGAGUUACUACAACACAGCUGGUGCAACAGGGAGAACUCACAGAGGAACAACAACAACAGAUCCAGGCUCAGCUGGUGGCAGCAGUUGCCGGAGGUCAGCAGAUUCAGAUCCAAACAGUGGAGGCUCUGUCCCCUCAGCAGCAGGGCUCCCCCAGGGAAGUGGACAGACGAACUGGAGCCUCGCCUGCCGUCCUCCAGCCUGCGAAGAAACGCAAGGUGGACGUCCCUACAGUCGUGUCCUACUCGCUCCCUCAAGGGCAGCAGCUGGCGACCGUAUUGGCCAUCCCGCAGGGCCAACAGCAGGGCUACUUGUCACUUCGACCAGACCUGCUGACUGUCGACAGCACUCACCUCUACAGUGCCACUGGUACCAUCACAGGCCCGGCCGGCGAGACCUGGACCAUACCUGUGUACUCUGCCCCGCAGCAGCAAGGUGUGGCCCACAUCGCCAUCCCACAAGAGGCCUAUAGCACCGUGCAGGUCCAGGCCUCGCCAACUGACAAAGACAAAGACAAGAUGGUAAUCGGUGCAUCUCAGGCUGCAGGGGCAGUGGCGGUUCCGGUGUCCGGCUCAGGAGUGACCACUCAGGAGGAAGUUGUACAUUCACUGUUUCCUGCGCAGUUUAUGAACGGAAACAUUCACAUCCCUGUCGCCGUGCAGACUGUAGGGGGCGCUUAUUCUGGGACAACGCAGGCCCUGCAUAUAUGGGAUCCACAACAACAGCAGCAGCACGUGCAGGAUGGAGAAGUACAGGAACAACAGCUCCAUCUGCAGGCGCAGACAGAGGCGGAGCCGCAGGUAGAGCCUCCUCCUGAAUUGGUCCUCCCGAACACACUGAAGCCUGAGGAUGGGCUGGAGGUCUGGAGGCUUUGGGUUCACCGCAAAAAUGAUGAGCUGGACAAAAAUGAACAAAAUAAGCUGGCACCUAUUGGACGUCGACAGCCGCUGCGCUUCCAGGACGACCUUGUGUCGAGUUCAGUGGGAGAGUUGAACCUGGCUCUGUCCCUGAUGACUCAAGAGGCCCGUGGGCUGGAGGGAGAGCCGUUCGAACCCGAUUCAUUAUACUAUGUAUUUUUAUGUAUACAGAAAUACAUGUUUGAGAACGGCAGGGUAGACGACAUCUUCUCUGAUCAGUACUAUAGCCGCUUCUGUCAGUGUUUACACAAAAUUCUGGAGGAGUGGAGGCCCAGUAUUCAUCCACUUGGCUAUAUUAUCCCAAGUCACGUGACAGAGGAGAUGCUGUGGGAAUGUAAGCAGUUGGGAGCUCACUCACCAGCCACUCUCCUCACUACACUGAUGUAUUUCAACACCAAGUACUUUCACUUGACCACAGUGGAGCAGCAUAUGAAAGUGGCCUUCUCCAAAGUGCUCAGACACACAAAGAAGAACCCCACCAACCCUAAAGACAAGAGCACCAGCAUCCGCUACCUGAAAGGAGUUGGACCACACCAUGUUGGACAGAAAGUGACUGAUGACAUGUACGCAGAACAGGCUGAAGACCCCGAGAACCCGCUGCGCUGUCCCAUCAAGCUCUAUGACUUUUACCUCUUUAAAUGCCCUCAGACUGCUAAGGGUCGCAAUGACACAUAUUACCUGACGCCGGAGCCUGUAGUGGCACCAAACAGCCCCAUCUGGUACUCCACUCAGCCAAUCACGAGCGAGCAACUGGAGCACAUGCUAACACGCAUCAUGAUGGUGCGGGAAAUCCAGGAGAUCAUCUCCAUCACGCAGACCAGCGUUCACUGAGAGACGACGCUUGAGGGGGAAAGGAAAUAAGUGAAAGAUGGAUGGAGAUCUCCAGCGUCAUCCAAACAGACUGAAUCACGUUUCCUCUGCGGCAUCUCUUUAUAUUCAUCCACCAUUGAAAGGAGAAUCAAGUGGAGUUUUGGAUGAGCUGGAUUACGUGCAUAAAAGCCUUUUUUUUGUUUGUUUUGUUUUUAGAGACAGGAACUUCUUUCUGUUUGUUCGCCUAAUGAAACGUAUUCAGAUCCCAGAUCCCUUGAUGUGUGCAUUUCUCUCUUUCUGCCAUGUAUGUUACGCUCCAUCCCUCUUCCCACUGUCCUCUGUUUCAUUUUCCUUCAAUAAGUGCUGAACUGUAAGGAUCUGGUGGUUUCGAAGACCGAUUUAAGCCAUUUUUGUUUUGGUAGUGGACUGGAACACAUCAGGUGUUUAAAAACAUGGCCUCAUUCAUCUGUAACCGUUAACACAUCCCUUGCUCGCCUCCGGGAGCUUUUGCAGUAGCACAGAUCGCGUUAUCUGAGGAGUGUAUUAUACAUCAAGACUUUUUGGUUCUGUUUUUAUUUGAUUUUUUUUUUAUAUAUAUACACACACAUGCAUCUAUGGUAACCUGAUAUGUAUUGAUAUUAUAGUGGUGCUGGAGAACUGAAGCCUGUGUUUUCAAACAUGCCUUUUUGUACAGUGAAUCACCUGUUGUGUGUUGUCUUUGAGUCUUUCUGCAGUCUGGCACACAAACAACACACAGGCAGAAUAAAUUUCUUUGUAAGUAGA